CUUUAAUGCUUCUCCACAGGUCCACGUUCUGGAUGCUCUCAAUGUGUGUUCAAUUCAGGUGUGAUGUGAAAUCGGCGUGCUGCACAAAAACGCAAAUCAGGAGACUCCCACUUAAGGCUCAGAAGUUAAGAUUUAGCUGCAGCAUUCACCAGCUCACAGGGACUGAGGGCACGUUUCGAACCAGAGCACGCCUUGAGUGGCGGGUGAGAUGACACGCCCCCACCGGAUUGCUUCGCUCAGCCUCCCACUCUGGUGGCUUUUACUGACACACAUGUACAGACAGGAAGUUCAAGGGAUCUCUGAGGACUGCAGCGGUCAGCAAAACAGGAACUUGUGCCCGUGUGUUCCAGUAAAAGGUUCCAGGGGGCUUCCUGGUGCUUUAGGGGAAGUGGGUAGAAUGGGGUCUCCAGGACCACAAGGACCUCAAGGGAAACGUGGACAGAAAGGACAGCGUGGAACUGAAGGAAUUCCAGGGAAUAUUGGACCAAAAGGAGACCAAGGCAAUCCAGGAACACCCGGAUACCCCGGAAUAUAUGGGCAAGAUGGUUCUCCUGGACCACUUGGCCAUCGUGGUCUUCCGGGAUUAGAUGGCUGUAAAGGAGACCCAGGAGAUCCAGGAUUCAAUGGCUGUCAAGGACCAGAUGGUACAACCGGACCCCGAGGUUUUAAAGGGCCUAAGGGACCCAAAGGAGACCCUGCGUGCAAAUAUGUUAUGAUUCCUGGUCAACCUGGUUGUGAUGGACCUCCUGGUAAACGUGGACCUCCAGGAUCUUCUGGACCUUGUGGCCCACAAGGUGCCCAAGGGAAGCCUGGAGAACCCGGAUCAUCAGGUGGAAAUGGUGCUCCAGGUGGCCGAGGGCCUCCAGGAGACCAAGGACAACCGAUUCUUGGUACAGGUGGAGAUGAGGGAGAUCCAGGACCAGCAGGCCCUCCAGGUCCUACUGAAUUAAUUGAGCCAUCAGAGAAAUAUUUCCCCAAAGGAGAGAAGGGGGCAAAAGGACCUGCUGGAGAAUGUGGAUUGCCUGGAUGUAAUGGAACUGUGGGACCUUUGGGGGACUCAGGAGAUAAAGGCAUUACAGGAAGUCAAGGACCUAAAGGAGAAAAUGGCUUUCCUGGGCUUUCUGGAAAACGAGGAUUUCAGGGUGUACAAGGAAAGCCUGGAUGCCCCGGUCCACGUGGCUACCAAGGACUAAAGGGAAUCUCAGGAGAACCUGGUCUACCAGGGGAAACAGCACAUUUCUCUUGUGCAGCAGGAAGACUCGGUAUUACAGGACCUCCUGGUCCCCCGGGUAUCAAAGGAGACAUGGGAGUUAUGGGCCUGCCAGGUCCUCCUGGUCCACAAGGUUAUUCUUUCCCAGGUCUCCCAGGCAGCCCAGGGACGUUGGGUACUCAAGGCCCUCAAGGUGAUAAAGGAGAGCCAGGCGUGAAAAGCACCCUGCAGAUCCCAGGGGAGCCUGGGAAACCGGGGAAGCCAGGGCCAAAAGGACAUCAAGGGGCUAGUGGCCCCCAUGGAUACUACUGCACCCCUGGACAAAGAGGAGUUCCUGGUUUUGAAGGAGAUAUAGGUCUACCUGGUCAAAAUGGCAUUCCUGGAAGAAAAGGUGACAUCGGUGACUGUUCUUGUGAGGGCGGUCGUGAUAUUUAUGGCCUUCAGGGUUUGCUAGGUGAACCUGGGGCUCCUGGUGCUCCAGGAUUGCAUGGGCUUCCUGGUGCACGAGGUCAACCUGGCCCAGAUGGAGACCCUGGGAAAAGAGGAGGUUUUGGUUACCCGGGUUUUCCAGGUUACAGGGGAAUUAAAGGAGAAAAAGGAAACCUGUUUGUGAUGAACGUCAAGGGUAUAAAGGGAGAGCCCGGGACACCAGGGACUGAUGGUUAUCCAGGAAUGAAUGGGAAGAGAGGAAAUUGUGGGAAUCCUGGACCUGCAGGUGAUUGUGGUCCAGAGGGUGACAGUUUAAGAGGAUUUCCUGGUGAUGGAGGUUGUCCAGGAAACAUGGGCUUGAAAGGCGCAAGAGGUCCCAGUGGACCACAAGGCCCAGGCAUUCCUGGGCCAGUAGGCCAUCGAGGACCAGAAGGAGACCAGGGACCUCUAGGACCAAGAGGAAAUGUUGGGCGUAAAGGAAACAAAGGUGAUAUGCAACCCUGUAUACCAGGCAGUCCUGGAGUUUGUGGACCAAAGGGAGACCUUGGUGACCAAGGUUGUCCAGGAGAGCCGGGCAAUCCAGGGCCCUGUGGGGAUAAUGGAAUUAAAGGACCAAAGGGAGAAAAAGGAAACCUUGGAAAUCGUGGUCCUGAUGGUCCAACAGGGGUAUCUGGAUGUCAGGGGGAUCCAGGAGAUAUUGGACCCGAUGGACCGAGUAUGUGCGGGGAGAAAGGGAUACUUGGCAAUCCAGGACCCCCUGGGUUAAAAGGAUGUAUUGGAGACUCAUUAACAGGAGAGCGAGGGCCAGUGGGUCCAACUGGGUUUAAUGGCUAUCCAGGAGCUAAAGGAGUCCCUGGAGCCCCGGGGUCACUUGGUAAUGAAGGCUCUCCUGGUGUACCUGGAGCUCAAGGAAGGAAAGGAGAGCCAGGGGCAUGUGGACAGCCUGGGAUACAGGGGUCUGUUGGCCCAUGUCCAGUACAGUGUGAGAACGGAGCAGUGGGUGAGACAGGACCACCAGGAGACCCAGGCUGUAGUGGAAAUCCAGGUUUACCUGGGGAGAAAGGCUAUUCCGGACCACCUGGUCUCCCUGGAAGGGGGUUAAAAGGUGAUACGGGGAAACCAGGCCAACCUGGUGCCCAGGGAUACGGUGGUCCUCAGGGAUGCCCAGGAUCAGAGGGUAACAAUGGAGAUCCUGGCUUUAAUGGAAUAAAAGGUUGUCCUGGACAACCAGGAAGGGAUGGCUUGCCUGGUAGCCCUGGUGAGUGUGGACAGCAAGGACCAUCUGGAAUAAAAGGCGAAAAAGGGUCUGAUGGGAGGCAAGGCUGUCCAGGGGAAAGUGGAGAGAAAGGAGAGAAAGGUUCCCAAGGACCUCCUGGGAUGCCAGGAGAGAUUUAUGUUAAUGCAGAAAAGGGGAAGACGGGGCCAUCAGGAGAGCUUGGGCCCUGCGGGUUUAAUGGCCCCCGAGGUGAUAAAGGUGUGAAGGGAAAAUGUGGUCCUGAUGGCUAUGUAGGGUAUCCUGGACCUCCAGGUUUUGAGAACGGCCCUCAGGGGCCACCAGGUCCUUGUGGAAGGAAAGGUAAACCUGGACUCCUGGGUUUGACAGGGUUAAAAGGCAAAAGAGGAUUACCUGGAGUAUGCGGAGAUCCAGGUGACCCAGCGUUGAGUGGAUUGCCAGGAGCUCCUGGUCUCCAAGGAUUUGAUGGGCUUAAAGGCGAUAAAGGAGAGUCUAUAAGUAUACCAGGACCUCCAGGUCUGAGAGGACCACCUGGGCAAAAUGGCUUCCCAGGUCCUACAGGAGAUCAAGGAGAGUCAGGAGACGGGGGGCCACCUGGUCAGUGUGGAUGGCCUGGCAAACCUGGUCCUGCUGGAAAUCAGGGAAAGUGUGGACCUCCAGGCGUUGUUGGUCCGCCGGGACCAAGAGGAACAUGUGGCGCUGAGGGUCCUCCAGGGCCUCCUGGAUUUCCCGGACUUACGGGACCAUCAGGACGCUGUGGCCCACCAGGUUCUCCAGGGCCACCAGGUCUUCAUGGAUUGGAUGGAUUACAGGGUGUGAAGGGUGAACCAGGGACACGUGGAAUAGGUAUACCUGGGGACAGGGGGCCUAAUGGACUGACAGGUGAAAUGGGUUGUAAGGGAGACCCUGGACCACAGGGUCCUAUCCAGCAAGGGGCCAAAGGCUCUCGGGGCCCAACUGGAUUUCCAGGUGAUCCUGGUUGUCCUGGUCCUCCUGGUCCUAGUGGCAGGGAAUGUGAGAACCCUAAACGAGGACAGAUUGGUGAACAAGGCUUUAAUGGUCGGGAUGGCCCACCAGGACUUAGGGGACCAAUGGGACCAGCAGGCUUGGCAGUACCUGUGCGGGGGUGUGAAGGGGACCCAGGUACACCAGGUCCUCCAGGAAGUAAAGGAAGAAUAGGUGAUCAUGGUCCCAAAGGGCAAAUGGGGCUUUCAGGCUGCCAAGGACAGAAAGGUGAGAAAGGAGACUCGGGGAUUAUUGGAGAUCAUGGACCUUCUGGGUUACCAGGAGCAAAUGGCAAUCCUGGGCACAAGGGCCCUAAAGGACCACAAGGAGUGCAAGGUUCCAUUGGAAUAGCAGGAAAACCUAUUCAUAUUGGUUCCAGAAGACCAAGUCAAGGUCCAGCUGGGUUUCCUGGUCCUCCUGGUGACUCUGGCUUUCCAGGACCUAUAGGAAUUGAGGGCCCCGAGGGGCUGAAAGGAAGAAAAGGCCAAGUUGGAGAUCAAGGGUUGAACGGUGAACCUGGACCACCUGGCUUUAUUGGACUUCCUGGAGACCCAGGAAACAAGGGUGCCAGAGGUUCCCAAGGCAUGCAAGGGCAACACGGAACCCCAGGAGAUGAAGGUCCCCCUGGCUCCUCUGACAGGUUCACCUCUGGCUUUCUGUUGGUCAUUCACAGCCAAUCAACAUAUAUACCUAACUGUCCUCGAAAUAUGUCCAAGCUGUGGGAGGGAUAUAGCCUCCUGUACCUGGAGGGGCAAGAGAAAGCACACACACAAGACCUAGGUCAGGGAGGUUCAUGUAUGCGUGUCUUCAGCACUAUGCCCUUUUCACGCUGCAACAAGCAGGCCUGCCACUACGCCAACCGCAAUGACAAAUCCUACUGGCUUGCCACCAUUGCAUCAUUACCCACCGCACCAGUGUCUGGGCUGGAGAUCCAGCCACACAUCAGUAGGUGUGUGGUGUGUGAGGCUCCAUCAUCGGCCAUUGCCGUUCACAGCCAGGACACAUUCACACCCGGCUGCCCGCCAAACUGGAGGAGACUCUGGGUUGGAUAUUCAUUCCUUAUGCACACCGGGUCAGGAGAUGAAGGAGGUGGCCAGUCCCUCACCUCCUCAGGAAGCUGCCUACAGCAUUUCUUCACACAUCCGUUUGUGGAGUGCCAGGGCCCACAAGGCACAUGCCACUACUUCUCCAACCUAUAUAACUUUUGGCUCACGCGUGUGAACGAUCAGGACUUCAGCAUUAGCCCAGAAACGAUGACCCUAAAAGGAACGUCUGAGCAGCUUGAUAACGUCAGCCGAUGCAGUGUCUGCUUGAGGGAUUGAGACCAGUCCAAGCUGUAAGGCUUUAGUCUGGGACGGUCUCAUCCUUCCCUUAGUGAUGCUACAGAAGAUGUGAGUUGGAUGGAAUCAUAAAAACUCAUAAGGAAUAAAAGCAAGAUGCGAACAGUUUGUGAUGAUUCACACUGACGUGCAACUGUGAAAACGUUUCGUAUAUUAACUUAAUACUUGAGAGUUAAAGCAGUGUUUUAUAUCUAGUGAUACUGAUCGUCUUGUCUCAAAUUAUCGAAUUACAAAACAUAAUUAGUUGUUUUUAAAUUCCACAAAAUGGCAUGCGUUGCAUAAGUAUUCACCCCCCUUCGUUGUAGUACAGCCUGGAACUGAAAUGGACUUUGAGAUGAUUAAAUUUGAGAUGUUUAUCGUCGGAUUCUAACAUAUACAGAUACAAACUAUUUGUAUUGUCAUCAAGUAAACAAAAAGUACAUAUUUGCUCUUGGUCAUUAGAUGGAUGGAGACAGUUAGUGAAGAGCAGAUUGAGGUCUGUGGAAUUCUAACACAGGUUCUUGGUGUGAACCACGACAGCGUAGCUUUUUGAUGAGUGAACCUCCACUUUAGGUUGAAGACUGAGACAGAUUUUCCUCUAGGAUUCCCUUCCAUCUGGCUCCAUCAGCUUGCCCAUUAUCCCGAUCCCAGCCGAUGAACAGCAUCUCCGUGACAUAGUCCUACCACCGACCUUCCCUCGCUGUAUGGAUAGUGUUCUCAGGGUGAUGAGCAGAAGUGGGAUUCUUUGUACCAAUCCUUCGUACAGUACCAAAGUUAAAAAUUUUAUGAUUCUGUCUCGUUUCGACCAGAGAAGCUUUUACCUUUUAUCUUCUCACUGUAUAUUAAUACUUUUCCAAGGCAUUGUAACAUUUUAAUGGUUUUUAUAACAAGAAUACAAAAUUAUUAGAUUAUUUAUAGAUUAAUAUUACUGUCAUUUCUAGAGGGAACACGAUGAAAACAGGAUGUGUGAUACUUCUACUGUGGGCUCAGUCAUAUGGCUCCACUGCCAGAGAAAAAUAUGGUGCUAAACGUCAUUCAGUAGUAUUUCCAUCUACUGAGCAUCAAAACGCACGGUUUCUUCCAAAUCACUUAGCGUAUCUUCUCUUAGCUUUUAGCUUGUCUGUCUGUAAUGUUAUCCAUGUGCAUCAUAACGUUUACUCUGUACCGGACCUCCGUAUUCAUACUUCAUUCAUACUUUAUAGCUGCCUUUAAUGACACAUUUCAAUAUUUGCACUUUAUUGGAAUUGGUUUGUAUGUUUAGAUGCUCAAGUGGAACUCGGUUCUAAUCUGAAAGCACCAGCUAUGAAUAGAGAAUCUUCACUAAAGUAGCUUCGAUUCUGUUUGUGGUGCCGUAGCUAAUCAUUAAACCAGACCAACUCCUUCAGCGUUCUUCGCCGUAUCGUCUACGACGGCAUUUUACACUGACCGUGGAAAUGGAGAUAAUUAAAGGUGUUAUGUAUUGUACUGUGUGUAAAUAUGUUUCACUGUGAAAAGAACAGUGAUUCUUUAUCCUUUUUUUUAUUUAUUUAGGAAGAGAUUAUUUUAGUACAGAAGCCCCGAAGCACACGAUGUUAUGGAGUCAUUUUGAUGAUGGUGCUGUCGUUAUUUUACCAAAUAAAUAACGCUCAAAAUGGAAUUUCAGGAAUUUGUUCACAAUCUAAAUAAUUACAAGAUGUUCCUUGAUAUAAUGAUGUACACUGAAUCACAGAAUGUCCUGAAUAUCUGAAUAUCGCGCCCAUAAAGUUCCCAUAAAGUUGAAGUUUUAUUCAUAGUUUUAUUUGUAUUAUUUGAUGCUAACCUUCUAGCUAACCUAGCUACCUUUAGUAUCGUUUAAACAGCGUUCUUACGUUUGUUGCUUGUCCGAGACGAACACUGUGCAGUUAAAAUAAAAGAUGCUGAGUUUUGA